CGCAAAAAGAUCCCUGAGAAAUAACAAAAUAGAAGUAGCAUCUACGAGCAUCCACAUCGUCUGCCACCUCUUUGCUCCCCACCCCCUGUGAAGUAGCGCUAUCUACGUAUCGGUCCCUGGUCUGACCGUCCGGCCGCCGGGAGGAGCUCGCCGGCGAAAUCCCGUUCCCCUGCCCCCCAUCGGCGGUGGCAUGGGGUUCUCGCUGUACCCCAUGAAGACGUCCACGCGCAUGCUCUGGAGCACCAGCUUCUUCCGCCAUAAGCUCUCCACCUCCUUCUGAGCCAAUCUCUCGCCUCGCCUCUCGGGUGGCGGAGGCCGCUGCGCACAGCUAGCCGGCGAAGUGCGUCUCCGUGCGGGGUUUUCGUUCGAGAUUGGGUUUUCUUGGGUUCUUGGAGUAGAGGAAGGGGAAGGGAUGGAUCCCGGGCGCGUCGUGUUCGACUCCGGCUUGGCCCGGCUGGCUGCCCCGGGCGGCGGCGGCGGCGGCGGCCCGCAGAUGCUGCUCUUCGGAGGUAGCGGUGGCGCCAGCGGCGGCGGUUUCUUCCGAGGCAUGCCGGGCAUGGAGGACGGGCGGGUGAUCAACAACAAGCGCCCCUUCUUCACGACGCACGAGGAGCUCCUGGAGGAGGAGUACUACGACGAGCAGGCGCAGGAGAAGAAGCGGCGCCUGACGUCUGACCAGGUGCAGAUGCUCGAGAGGAGCUUCGAGGAGGAGAACAAGCUUGAGCCGGAGCGCAAGACCGAGCUGGCAAAGCGACUGGGGAUGGCGCCGCGGCAGGUGGCGGUGUGGUUCCAGAACCGACGCGCGCGCUGGAAGAACAAGCAGCUCGAGCAGGACUUUGACCGUCUCAAGGCCGCGUACGAAGCUCUCGCCGCCGACCACCACGGCGUCCUCUCCGACAACGACCGCCUCCGGGCUCAGGUGAUCUCGCUGACCGACAAGCUGGAAGGCAAGGUGACAAUGCCAUCAGCAAUUGCUGCUGCCGCACAAGAGGUUGACCAGCCAGACGAGCACACAUCGGGCCUUAUGGUGACCCGGCAGCAUAAAGGAGACAUCUUCAAUGGCGGCACCAACGAUGGUAGCAGCCCUGUGGUGAUCGACGUUGCUGAGGGCACCAACCAUAGCGGUGAGUCGGGCUACUUUGCCGGGGACUAUGACAACAACGUCUGCGCCGGGCAGUACGGUGGUGGUGCUCUGUCCUCGGAGGAGGAGGAUGGCGGUGCGGUCAGCGACGAAGGGUGCAGUUUCCACCUCCCGGAUGCCAUGUUGGCCGCUGGACUAGUCCACCAAGCCGCCGAGGAGGAGGAGCAUCUGGGCAGCUGGAACUCCUGGUUCUGGAACGAGUGAUAGAUGAUGGAUGAUUCCAUGCAUCGAGUGUCGAGGUCAAGAUAUCCUGCUCCAUCCUUUCGGCGCCCUAUAAAAUUGCUGUUGUUCAUUAUGGCGUUAUUAUAUGGUCAAGUGUUUUGUGUUCUGUCUAUGUUACUCUUUUCUUAAUGUAUGUUCUUGAGUGUGUUAUAUGUUGUUAAUAUGGUCUCGAGAUGAUGCCGAAAUAUUGGAAUAAGUGCAUGUGUUAAAACAACUGUGCGCACAUCAACAAACUUCUUGUUUUACUUA